UUCACGAUUUUCUUUGUACACAAACAACAGAUUUCGAAGAAAUUAAGUUAUUAUUAUCAGAAACGGUUAUGUUUCAACGAAUCAAGCAGCAUUUCUAGAAACUAAAAAUCGAUGGUGUUAACGAUUUAAAAAGUGGUCUUUGUCAUCAUUUUCACCUUUCAACAUGCCACCUGCUGUUGCAACCACUGCUACCUCAGCGAUGUUUUCGUGUUAAUUGUGUUUGUAGCGCUACACUUAAGAAAGAAUGGCUGUACAUAACUUAUCAAACGUGCCAGUGAGGAAGUACAAACGAGAAACGAGCGAAGUAAGCGGGUGCCUCAAGUACAUGAUCUUCGGCUUUAACGUGUUGUUUUGGCUACUCGGUUUAGGAAUCUUAACAAUCGGCGUGUGGGCCUGGAGCGAGAAGGAUAUAUUUAAUAAUCUGGGGCGAGUCGCAAAUGUCGCCUUAGACCCCGCUUUCGUUCUUAUAUGCAUAGGUUCCGUUACAUUCAUUAUUGGAUUUACCGGUUGUGUAGGGGCACUAAGGGAGAAUACUUGCUUACUGGCAGCUUACGCUAUUUUUUUAUCAAUCUUGUUAUUGCUGGAAAUGACAGCUGGCAUUCUUGGCUUCGUUUUCAAGGACUGGAUCAAAUCUCAAGCAACUGCUGGCUUUCAAACUUUUAUAAUUCAUUAUCGCGAAGAUCCGGACCAGCAAAACUUAAUUGACUGGAUUCAAGAGGAUUGGUUGCAAUGUUGUGGAAUAGAGGGACCAAAGGACUGGGACAGAAACAACUAUUUUAACUGUUCCUCUCGCGACAUCGGUAGUCGCGAAGCGUGCGGUGUUCCAUUUUCUUGUUGUAAACGUAAAUCUAACGAAGUUAUAAAAAACAAACAAUGCGGGUACGACGUGCGGAAACCUGGUUUUAAUUUUGAUGUCUCGAAAAUUAUUUACGAAAAAGGUUGCAUUCAGUCAGUAGAGGAAUGGAUAGAAAGGAACAUGAUUUCCUUAACAACGUGUGCUAUUUUUAUUUUAUUUGCUCAGAUUUUGGGAAUAUGUUUUGCUCAAAAUUUAAGAGCUGACAUAUUUGCACAGAAAGCAAAGUGGCACUGACAAUCAAGAACUCCCGUAGCUGUGUAGUACAAUUUUCGUUGUCGCAUAGCUUGGGACUCGACUUCUUUUAACCGCAUUGAUGUUGUUUAAACGUUUAUUUCGUAUAAUGUUAAUAAUUGACAUGUACAUAUAUGUAUAGUGUUAAUACUUGUAUAAAAAAAAGCGCUGCUAUAAAUAAUAUAUUUCUAUAUUAUGUCUUCGUGACUAAAAGAAAAUCUAUUUAUUAAUUCCAAGAUUUUUCCAUUGUAAAUUUAAGAGAAAUUUUUAUCAACUUGUAUCAAUGGGCGUAUUUGUUCAUCACUCUUGUUCCAGUAACAGUUCAGGCAAACGAUCUCUCUGUUUUAUACACUAUUUUAGUUGUUCGCGUCCUCGACCUAGUAUUUGAGUAAACAACAAACACGCCCAAAAACUUUGUUCAUUUUGUAACUGACUAGUUUGUAACUAUUGUUGUAAUAAUUGUACUUGGUAGUUUGUGAAGCCAAUAGUUUUGUAUGAACAAACUUGACUCCUGAUAUUGUUAAUACAUUCCAUUACACACGUCUUUGUAUUGAUGAAACAAUUUUCAUUAUAACGUGUGAUUAGAUUAUUUAUAAAACUAGAAUAAACUAACAUGUGAUAUUUUU